GAUAAAAUAACUUUGACAUUCAAUCACACUGCAAGCAGACCUUCAACACAUAAUCUACCAUGAGGGCAAGUAAACAGUUGUUCUUCGUGUUUUCCAAUGGACAAGCUACCAAUGUUUACACUUACCGCCACCAAGUGGUUAGGAAGAUACAAGGCCCACGCACUGAUUUCAGUCACGGAAAUCUGUCACCGAUAACUUUCGAUCCGUGGCGUGAAAGUUGGAUUUGCUGUGACUUCGCGGGUGACACUGAUCGGAGACAGGCAGCGUACAUCACCAUGGCGUCCCCUCAACCAAUCAGUGAGCGGGAGAUAAGUGAGAUGAGUUCCAUGCUGCCGUCUGGUGUGGUUUCCGUGGUGAUGGGUCAGGUGCGAGGCAUGCUGGAACAGGCGGACUCCACCACUCUAGACAUUGCAGUGACCGGGGAGGCCGGAGCAGGCAAGUCCUCCUUCAUCAACGCCUUCCGCUGUCUCCGUGACGACGAUCCCGGUGCUGCGGAAACAGGUGUCACGGAAACCACACAGAAAGCUUCCGCAUACGCCCACCCUACUGCUCCAAACGUGCGUCUGUGGGAUUUGCCGGGCAUAGGAACUCCGGCGUUCCGUCCAGAGCGCUACCUGGAGGACGUUGGUCUGCUGCGGACGUACGACUUCUUCAUCAUCCUGGCCUCCGAGCGGUUCCGAGAGUGCCACGCCCAACUUGCCGGCGCCAUCUCGGAGGCCGGGAAGCACUUCUACUUCGUACGCAACAAAGUGGACCGAGAGCUACAGGCAAACGCACGCCGACGAGGCCCACAGUCCAGGACUGACGCAGAUGUUCUGCAGGAGAUCAGAACAGACUGCUUGGAGAACCUGAGAAGGACUGGGCUGAAGGAACAAAAGGUGUUCCUGAUCUCCUGUUUCGAGCCGCAGAGCUUCGAUCUGGUCCUGCUGCAGACCAGCCUGCUGGACGACCUGGACGGUCUGAAGAGACGCGCCCUCCUCCUGUCCCUCCCCAGCCACACCUCCACCCUAGUGGAGCACAAGAAACAGGAGCUGGGGGCAGAGUUGUGGAGAGGAGUCAUGUCUGCGUGCCUGGACGGCUUCACCCGCGGCGAUGCGAUCGGCGGGGCAGUGCCCAAGCUCAUGGACACACUGCGGGAUUACCAGAGGAACUUCGGCCUGGACAGUGCAUCUCUGCAUCGCUUGGCAGCUAUGACGGGCACAACAUAUGACGACCUGUGCAGUGAGGUGAGGUCUUCGUUGGGUCGUGAGCUGGUCUCUGGGACUCUGGAGCGGCUGCUGUCCCAGCUGGGCCCAGCCCCCCAGUUCCUCAUCAGGCAGCUGGAGAGCAGAGUGCCCGUGCUGGGCUCCGUGGUGUCUGGAGGCCUGUCCUUCAUGGCUGGGUAUUACCUGCUGAGCACCGCACUCUCAGAACUCAGCCAGGACGCAGAGAGGGUGAUGCUGAGAGCCCUGCAGGCAACUCAACUCAGCUAAUGACCAAGGAGGCUGGCUAACAACUCCACUGACCACUGACCACUGGUUAGCUAGACUAAGCAGUUUACCCUAUGAAUAGGUCCUUUGACCCCUAA